AAGGCGGCGAGCACCCUCCGUCGGCGCUGGUGCCCUUCGGCAGCGCCGCCGGUCCGUCUCCGCUCGCCCAGGUCCGCAGCUGCAGCGAGGAUGCGCACGAACUUCUUCCAGAUACUAAAAGCAAAAAAAGAACUCAUUCCCCUGGUUGGAGUACUGUCCUUUGCAGCAGUUGGGGCACUCUCUUUUUCCUUUUAUUCCCUAUUCAGCAAAUCCGAUGUCAUCAUUAACAAGAGUGGAAAUCCAGAACCAUGGGAAACUGUCGAUCCUUCCAAGCCUCAGAAGCUAUUAACAGUUCAUCAGAAAUGGAAACCUAUAGAAGAGCUGGAAAAUGUCAGAAAGCUUACGAAGUGACAAGUUUCUGUUGCCUCAAAAAGGUACCCUAUGAAUCUAGUGGAAUCACUUCUGCACAAACUUGACUACUGAAAUCAGUGUGCGGAAAUGCUUCUGCUACAUUUUUAGGGUCUCCCUACAUUUUUUGGACUCUGGAUGAGGAGUUUCAUGUUGCCUUAGAAGUUGGCAUACAACAUCCACACAGUCCAAAAAUCUGUCUCAAAUGUUCCUUUUCAGUGGGCAUUUGAUGUCAAAUGUUGAAUAUUCAGACGGUAAUUAUAAAUGGAAAAAGGCUUCACACUUUUUAUAGAAAUUUUUUUUCUCAAAAUACAUGAAUUUUGUAAUUUUAUAUAUUUUUAAUAAAAUACAUUUAAAAUUUUUGCAACAUUCCAUGUAAAUUUCAUAAACGGAGAUUACCCAAAAGCCCUUCUAAAUUGCAAUUCCUGGUCUGCUCCCUCUCUAUACUGUAUUUCGAUGCUGUAUACAGACCAAAUAGUCAUCAUAGCCAGGAGAUGUCUUUGUAUGGCAAGCUAUGUUGUCAUAAAGUAUACUUGCAUACAUUUUCUACCUUAGAUGUGAUGACAAUUUAAGUCAAAACCAGUGUUCGACUGCUAAUACUAAAACUUAACACACGUGCUCACCUUAACCCACUGAGGAGUCCAAUAGGUUAUUUAAGGGUAUAUUUGAGACUGCAGGAUUAGAACAUAAGAAUUAAGUAUGGCUAAAAGGGAAUUGAAAAUGAGAUAAUUUCUGUUGUAUUUAAAUACUGUUCAUGUUUAAAAUCAGAAAAAUUUACUAGAAUUAGGAAACUUACAUUAUCCAAAGCUAAUUACAUAAGGUUCCUGUCUUCUUUUUGUGCAAGGUAGUUCAUAUGCUUGCUCAAAUGUACUGCACAGUUAACAAUUUGUUUAAAACAUUUCUAGAUACAUGCUGUUAGGGACAUCUGCUUUAACAAAGAGAAAAAAACAGAUGAAAAUUAGGAAUGACUCUAUGAAGAGACAAUUCCUCUUUAAGCAUCUGUGUGUUUUCUUAUGGAUUGGCCAGGGAAAGAAUGUAAUGGGCAGACCCCUGGUAAAUUAAUGAGGUGAUGUAUGCAUCCAGCGGUAGAACAGUCUUUUGUGGGUAUUUUCUGCAUGUGUCCCCUCCCAAGCAGUUUCACAAUAUAUUAUACAGCUUCUUUUAGAGUGGAUGUUCAGAAUGCGUAUUACUUUCUGUAAGGAAGAAAGCAAAAGUGAAACAACUGCUAAUUGGAAAAAGUCCCUGUAAGCGAGUAAUAGUGAAGCACUUUAGGUUAUUCUGCUGCAGCAAAGACAAAACUUAAGUUAAUAAAGCUGUCUCGCAAAUUUUAAGGUAGCUUGGCUCCAGAAGCUUUAUGUUUUCUUCAGAUUUAUUGAUGCUGAGAAAAAAAAAAAAGUUAAAACGUUAUUUUAUCCCAUAUUUGUGUGCAGAUGCAACGUAAAUAUUUGUUUAUCAAGUAAGGAUGACUCAGCAGCAUUUAUGUUUAAGAGCAAGAGCAACCACAAAUCUUCAGGAUAUGUUCUUAGCUUUCAUUUUAAGGAAUGACAUUACAAGAUGAUUCAAUAGCAUAUAACCACAUAAAUCCAGUGCUCUGUGGAAUACAAGUUUUAAGUAUUUUAAUAGCAAAGUAUUUUAAAAUAUUUUCUGUAAGUUAUUCUAUAUUUCUGUAUUUUUACUGGACUGUAUCAAACAAAACAAACAACAAAGUGCUGUGCUAUGAGUUGAUGUGUGAAUUAAAUGAGUUUGUUCUUCAGUAAAUUGCUUGUAUGGUCUGCAAUACUAUGACGAAGUAUCUGUCAACAUUAGGGAAAUAAGUGUAAGUUAUUCUUACGUAAUUUUUGUACUUAACUACUUUUCAGUGGUGUCUUCCAGUAGCCCAUUAAGCAGUGUGGCUGCCAUCAGUCACAAGUUGUUCCUUCUCUCAUCCUGUGCUGAAGCAUAAUAGCAAAGGUAAUUAAUAGAAAGUUUUGCUUUGUUAGUUGAUUAUUUUUUUUUAAUACAGAUUUAUGGGGAGGGUAAUCACAUAAUGUGAGAAAUCAAAAUAUUUUUCUGCACUUCAAAAAGAUUAUGAGUAUUGUUAACGUUCUUGGGACAAUUGUGUGUGUUCUCAGACUGUCCCUAAAAAUACUCUGUCUCCUGCACAGAUGAGUUUUUUCUUGUAAGUAGAGCACACCAAGAGCAAUUACUGUAUCUCCCCCCUGCAACUACUCAACAAAAAUCUAUAAAGCAAUAUACAAAUUAUUUCCUUGUUCUGUCGUAACUCUGUUAUCUGUAGUAAAAAUUUAAUUGGCUGAAUUUUGUGAGCUGACUUUUAUGAGAACAGUAAGACUUCCAUGUCCUGUGUUAUGCAAACCCACGACUUUUUAUUCCAUGGGCAAUUUAGAGGCUGUUGAAAUAAAUUUAAUAAUGUUCUUCCUUCUCUUCA